UUGAAGUGUUAACACAACAUAACCUCACUUUUAAAGAAAUUGCGAAGCGCAAAAGUUUAUUGUUUGUGUGUGAAAAAUUACACGUUUUUGCAAAUAAAUAAUGGAAACUAGCGCGGAAAGUAGUGAAAAGAGCGAGGGACAGAGUUCAAAGGCCAAAUUAGAUAUAAAAGAAAAGCCAUUAUGCCUGAUAGUCCUGGGAAUGGCUGGUUCCGGGAAAUCAACCUUUGUCCAGAAGCUAGCACAGCAAACGUACAAGAAUAAAUUACCUUACAUCAUUAACCUUGAUCCUGCUUGCAAGGAGACCUCCUAUCCUGUAAAUAUAGACAUACGAGACACAGUGAACUACAAGAAAGUAAUGAAGGAAUACAAAUUGGGGCCCAAUGGAGGCAUAGUAACAUCCCUAAAUCUCUUCUCGACAAAAUUCGGAAAGGUUGUGGAGCUUAUUGAACGUGCCGGGGAGAAGCAUGAACUCUGCAUCAUUGAUACUCCCGGACAAAUUGAAGUCUUCACAUGGUCUGCAUCCGGAACAAUAAUAACCGAAGCUCUGGCCACUACAUUCCCCACGAUAGUUGUGUACAUCAUGGAUGUGGUUCGAUCGACAAACCCAACAACCUUCAUGUCCAACAUGCUCUAUGCUUGCUCCAUCCUGUACAAGGCUCGCCUUCCCUUUAUCAUUGUCAUGAACAAAAUUGAUAUAACAGAGCCGGAUUUUGCAUUGGAAUGGAUGCAGGACUUUGAGGUGUUCCAGGAGGCAUUGGAAAAGGAAACAACGUAUGUGAGCAAUCUCACGAGAACAAUGUGCCUGACCCUCGAUGAAUUCUACAGAGAUCUCAAGGCUUGUGGUGUGUCUUCGAAAACGGGAAUUGGAUUUGCCAAGUUCCUCGAUCUCCUCGAUGAAGGGGUUAAGGAAUAUGAGAGGGACUACAAAGCAGACUACAUAAAAAUGCGAGAGAUUAAGGAGAAGGAAAAUAAGCAGCGAUAUGAAGAGAAACUCAGAGAAGCAGCAAAAAUAGGUCCUGGAAAGGAAGUUCCAUUGGGUUUGGUAACUCACGUGCCUAGCGGUGUGGAGCUCUCGAGUGUCUACCUCAAACAUCCCGGGGGUGAUGAUUCAGACGACGAAGACGACGGUGAGGAAGAAGUGAGACCAAUGGACGUGGAAAUGGAGGAGCAGAAUUUUCAAACUUUCAUCCAACAACACAAAGACAAGGUAACAAAGCAAAAGAAUCAAUAAAAUGAAUUAAGAUAAUUUUUUAUUGAGAGCAGGAUGGAGGAAUAAAGAAUUUCUGAAUUUUGCAAUAUCA